AUGUGGAAGCCGGCACUGGUCAGGGACAGAUUUCCGGACGUUGAUGAUCUAGCGCGUAAUUCUUCCCUCAUUCUUGUUUCAACUGAUGAAUUGGUCGAUUUCCCACGUCCAGUCACCCAUAAUAUCGUCUACAUUGGCGGAUUAGGCUUAACCGAUGCAAAAGCACUGGAAAGCCCAUUCAGUGAGUUUAUGAAGAAGGGUGAAAAAGGAGUAAUACUGGUAUCAUUUGGAUCUAUUAUUACUACCAAGAACAUGCCACGGUCAUUUGUUUCCGCUAUUGUUGAUGUUAUCAAAGCGUUUCCUCACUACCAUUUUAUUUUCAAAAUGGACAAAGGCGAUGAAGUAUUUUUUUUUCUCAGCAAAAAAAUUUCUUCCAACGAAAUGAUACAAUAA